GCUAUGCACUUCAACUUCCAGUUGUCAGCUUUAAUUAAUCUUUAGCUAAUGAUUUGCAAAGGAAACUGAGGAACUGAGUUAUAAUAUAAUAUUGUGGUAUAUUAUCUAAUUGUCAAUGUUUUACUAUUUUAAAGGUGAGCUUAUUGGAGUGGAAUAUCUUUCCCAGCAAACUGGUAAAGUUCUGCAGGACUACAAGUUGGCCAUUGAAGAGUCAGAGACUACUGAAGUUGGUAUAGAGGUGGAUGAAGGUUAUGCUGAACUUGAGGAGUUUCAGGACAUCACUGUCCCCACCUUUGACACUGAACGGACACCUGCUGCCUCUUCACAAGCAUCAGUGUCUGCAGCAUCUGCAGCAUCAUUUCCAACUCCUCCAGCAACCAGCCCCACGUCAUCACUGUUUGUGGUCCCUCCAUCAUCAGUGUCAUCUCCUGUCAGCAGCUCACUGCACGCUGAAUCAACUCUUUCCUGGAGCACAUAGCUUGGACCGAUUAUCUGCAGAAACGGAUCGUCCAACAUUGGAAGAGAACACUUCACAUGAUGAUUCGGUUGGACCUGAUAAUAUUGAGGGGUAUGGAGCCGUGCAGGACUUGGCAGAGUUUUUGGUUAGCCUCAGAGACCACCGUCUGGCUUUGUCGGGAGAAGAGUGCAUCAAGAUCAUCUCCCUAUGGCAGGCAUUGGGGGAGUAUGACAAGAAAAAGACCAUUUACCCACCACGUAACCAAACCAACCUAAAACAGGGACGAUUCAGGGCCACUAAGAAGAUUGUGGCCCCAGGUGUGGAGAGCAGCAAAAGGUGUUUCGUUGGGGCUCACAGUCCUGCACAGUGGCCUGACUGCAACCGAAGGCCAUUUUCACAAGGCUCUGUGCUCUCUACCCAAACGCGGUGCGCUGUGAUGGAAUGAGGGUGUCCCGCUUCACUGUGGUAGCAUGUGCUUACAAGCACAUCCAAGAUAGAUAUAUAAUACAAACGGUAUGUUUAUGUUUUUUAUUAUUAUUUUGGCUAAUAUAUGAAAAGUCCACUACAGUGGUAAAAACUAUUUUUUUAUUUACUAUUUUUUUUAAGCAAAUAUGUCAUAAUUGCACUACUGUGGUAAAUGUUUGUCUUUGUUUACUAUUAAUUCUUAUUAUUUUCUUAGUCUGAUGUCAAAAUUGCACUGCAAAUGUUUGUUUUGGCUUGAUAUUUAUUAUAUUUUUACACUGAUAUGUACAAAUUUUAUUAUUGUGGUAAACAUUUUUGGUGUAUACUGUACAAAAUUGCAUUACUGUUCUAAAUGUUUUAUUGGCUUUAAAAUAUAUAUGCAGAUUAAAAGGGUUGUUAAUAUUUGCCCUCACACUAUUGUUAUUGUUCCUAUUUGUAUUCUCACAAUAUUUGUAAAUGUAUAUAUAUUUGCACUGUUGUUAUAAUUUUAUAUAAUGACUUUAU